AUGAGCAGUGCAAGAGUGAUUGACGCGCUCUUUGAGCGCACGGUCGAUAUUGUGCAGUCGCUGCCUCCGACAGGUGCGAUCCAAACUUCCUACGAGGAGAAAUUGGCGCUGUAUGGCUUGUACAAGCAAGCGACCGAGGGCGACGUGACGACCAAGCGGCCGGGCAUGUUUGAUAUGCUGGGACGCGCAAAAUGGGACGCAUGGGAGAACCAGCACGGGUAUACGGAGCAGGAUGCAAAGCAAUUAUAUGUCGAGAACCUCUUGAAAAUUCUGCGCCGCUUUGGCGACCGGCCGCAGGCCAUCUCGCUCAUGGCCGAGCUGGAAGCGUACAGCGGGGACAUUGCCGAGCAGGUCAUGGACGGUACACUUGCAGAGACCGCCUCUUUGCACUCUUCCAGCGUCGAUCGCAGUACGCGCAUGGAAGAUGAGGUGCAGUCGUCGAUUGCAGACGAGCUCGACCCGCUUCCUGCACAGCGCACGCCACACCCACAACAAGUGAGCUCGGAAAACACGGCGAGCGGCUCGCACAGCCACGAAACGGUUACUGUCAGCGAUAUGCCGCGCGCAUUUCCGCAGCAAGCGCCGCGCCGCGUGCCGAGACGAGCACAGAACGUAGAAAAGACGCCGCCUGCGCCGCCCGCGCCGCACCGCCAUCGCAGUGCACGGUAUGGCGCGCGGUACAUGCCUCCGACCUCGUCUGUGCACUCGGCCGCACAAGGGAGCGACCGCGGCUCGCGCUCGUUUGCGUCUGCGCAGCCCUCCUUGUACCGCGAGCAGAGCGUCGCGGGAACGAGCAUUUCGCGCUCCGUGCGCAGCGGCCCGAUGGGUCGGUAUGCAGGGAGUGUAGGCAGGUCGAGCGCAGGGCAUGCGCCGCCGCCUGCAGUGCCGCGUGUCCCGAUCAGGGGACCAGGUGGAGAACAGCCAGAGCUUGACCAGACGCUGCGCGCGAUCCAAUCGUCGCUUGUGACGCUCACGGCACGCCUUGAAAAGGCCGAAGACAAGAUGCAAGCUAAGCCAGAACAUAAAGACGCGACGGUGAUUGCCUGGCGCGGCACGAUGCGGGCAGCUACGCAUACCCUUUACGACCUCGGCACCCUCCUUGGGAUUGUUGGGCCACGCCCGCAGGAGCUUGCGCAUGCACCGAGCUACGAUGCAUGGCGUGCACAAGGAGACGGCGCGCCGAAUCCCAACCGGGAUCGGCCACACUCGCUUGCGCGGCUGCUGCUGCGCGCGCCGUUCACGUUUUCCACGGCGGUCGUCAGUCUUUUGUUUCGCCUUAUGCUCGAUAUGACGAGUUUGGUGCUUUUGGCAACAGCGCUCAUGGCGCUGGUGCGCCGCGUGUCUGGGCGUGGCGACCCGUUAAUUUUGCUGCGUCUUCUUGGGCAGGCCAGCGCGCGGCUCCAGUUUUUCCAGGUCGCUGCAAACCGGCGUGUGGCGCUGCGUGCGCUGCUUGCGAGUGCCGUGGUCGGCGGCGCUGUGCUCGAGACAAGGGGCCAGAUGCAUCGAUAG